AUGGAAUGGAAUCGAAUCAGCACUAAAAACUCUUCAAGAAACGAAUACGGACCUUCUGGUACCUAAUUUAAACACAACACCCAGCCCAAAAAUGGCUACCAAUCUCUGCUGCAGGGCGCUUGUUUCAUCCACCACCCGUUUCCAACUGGUCGGUGCGGUUUCCACUCUCUCUUCUUCUUCUUAUUCUUCUUAUUACCUCAAAACGGGUUGCGCUCAGUCUCUCCCCUUUGUUCGUCUCUUAAGAUCCAAGUUCAGUACACAAACACCAGAUAAGACAGUCCGCGCUGUGAAAAUGGAAGCGAAUAGCAACACUGUUCCAAGCAUCGUUGUUUAUGUUACUGUUCCAAACCGAGAAGCAGGUAGGAAGUUGGCUGGAAGCAUUGUCAAAGAGAAACUCGCAGCAUGUGUAAACAUAGUCCCAGGUGUGGAAUCGGUGUAUGAAUGGGAGGGAAAGAUCAACACAGAUCCUGAGGAGUUGCUGAUAAUCAAGACAAGGCAAUCCCUCCUGCCAGCACUCACAGAACAUGUCAAUGCAAAUCACGAAUACGAUGUACCAGAAGUAAUUGCCUUACCCAUCGAUGGUGGCAGCCCCCAGUAUCUAGAAUGGCUUAAGAACAGCACAAGGGAUUGAAUCUCUCGUGUUUAGUAUGAUGGUGUGUGUGUGUGUGAAACCGGUUUAAAUAUUUACAAGGGUUCUGGAUCUCAUAUACAGUUUGUCUGAAUGUAUGGCUUCUUCUAGCUCGAGUAGAGGGGGCUUUCUAUGUGAAAAUCUAAAAUCUAUUUGUAAUAAGAAUUAAGAAAUGUCUUAGACCUUAGCGUCAGUUACUUCCAAAAUA